UCUUCUCAUCUGCUCUCUCUAUAUGGUUAUGUUCAUCAGUUAUAGUCUUAUAGAUGAUGUAUUUAGUUUUGAAAACAGCAUAAGACCUUGUUGACUCUCUCUUUGUCUUUCUUUCUUAGUUAUGUUUUGUAUUAUAUCAUGAAGAAGAAGAUUGAAUGAUUCACAUGGCAAUAACCAAAACUUCUCCUACUACUACUUGAAGACUCUUCACAAUAAUUCUAUGUCCCAAGAUUACCACCACCAUCAUCAUCAACAACACCAAGGAGGAAUCAUCAGCUUCUCUAAUGGAUUCGACCGAUUAAAUUCGACCAGCUUAACAGCUCAGCAGAAGCAAGAACAUCAAAGAAUAAAAAUGGACGAGGAAUCAUCAGUCGCCGGAAGUAGUAUUCCGGUCUAUGAAACUGCCGGAAUACUAUCAGUUAUGUUUAACUUUCCCGGAAGCAGCGGUGCAGUAGGCGGAGGAGAUCUUGACCACGACCAAUCUUUCCGGUCAAAUAGACAGUUUCUUGAGAAGCAACAUCAGAAUAUUCCGGGCGAUUCAGCCGCUGCCAUGCAGUUAUUUUUAAUGAAUCCUCCGCAGCCACCGCAACAACCACCGUCUCCGGCAUCGACAACCACCACAAGAAGCCACCACAACAAUUCUUCAACUCUUCACAUGUUACUACCAAAUCCAUCUCACCAACAAAGCUACACUAAUACUAUGUCUAUGCAUCAGAUUCCACAUCAGCAUCAUCACCAACAACUGACGUGGCAGUCUCCCUCUUCCUCCGACCAUCAUCAUCAUCACAACAGCCAAACCGGUGGACAAGGCUUGUCCCUAUCUCUCUCGUCGUCUUUAGAGGCUGCAGCAAAAGCGGAAGAGUAUAGAAAUAUAUACUACGGAAACAAUUCUUCUAAUACAUCAUCUCAUCAUCAGCACAGUCAAUUCAAGACUCUUCAAGCUGACUACUCUCAACAUCAAUUCCGAUCAUCUCCGGCUGCUUCUUCUUCUUCCAUAGGAGCGAUCAAUAUCAUAAGAAACUCGAGGUACACGACGGCCACUCAAGAGUUGUUGGAGGAGUUUUGUACCGUUGGAAGAGGAUUUUCUAAGAAAAGCAAACUUACGAACAGCUCAAACCCUAAUACUAGUGGUGGCGACGGUGGCAGUGGCUCUCCAUCGUCGGCCGGAGCAAUGACGGAUCAGCCUCCUUUGUCGGCGUCUGAUCGGAUUGAGCAUCAAAGAAGGAAAGUGAAGCUACUCACCAUGCUUGAAGAGGUGGACCGACGGUACAACCAUUACUGUGAGCAAAUGCAGAUGGUUGUGAACUCUUUCGACAUAGUAAUGGGCCACGGUGCUGCGUUACCGUACACCGCUUUGGCUCAAAAGGCUAUGUCUAGGCAUUUUCGAUGCCUUAAAGAUGCGGUUGCGGCUCAACUUAGGCAGAGCUGUGAACUUCUUGGGGACAAGGAUGCAGCCGGAAUAUCUUCUUCCGGAUUAACUAAAGGCGAAACGCCACGGUUGCGUUUGCUAGAACAGAGUUUGCGUCAGCAACGUGCGUUUCAUCAAAUGGGGAUGAUGGAACAAGACGCUUGGCGGCCACAACGCGGUUUGCCUGAACGCUCCGUUAAUAUCCUUCGAGCUUGGCUCUUCGAGCAUUUUCUCCACCCGUAUCCAAGCGAUGCCGAUAAGCACCUCUUGGCUCGCCAGACUGGUUUAUCCAGAAAUCAGGUAUCAAAUUGGUUCAUAAAUGCUAGGGUUCGAUUAUGGAAACCAAUGGUGGAAGAAAUGUAUCAACAAGAAUCAAAAGAAUUAGAAGAAAACGAACAAGAUCAAGAAACAAUAAACAGCAACAGCGACAAGAGCACAAAACCCAACAACGAUGAUAGCAACUUCACUCCAGUUCGGACCACUUCACAAACUUCAAUGACAGCUGCACAAUCAGCAACAACCGCACCCGACGCAGACGCAGCAGUAGCGACAGGCCACCGUCUAAGAUCAUCAUCCGACAUCAAUGCUUACGAAAACGACCCUUCCUCCUCCUGUACCAACGUUGCCGCAGUCUCUAGUUACGCUGGUUCAACCGCGUUUUCGGCGGUUGCUACGUGUCAGAAAGGUAUUGGAGGAUUUGAUGAUACUGACAUGGAUGGUGGUAAUGCUAUAAGGUUUGGGACAAACCCUACUGGCGACGUGUCACUCACGCUUGGUCUACGCCAUGUUAGCAAUGUGCCUGAUCAACGCUUCUUUAUGCGAUAGAG